AUGACGAGGAGGAAUUCGACUCUAGUUUGUGUUCCUAUAAUCGCCGAAUCAGUGGGUGAGAUGGUGACUGAUAUGGGCAAGGCAAAAGGCCUUGGUGCUGACCUUGUAGAGAUAAGAUUAGAUCAUUUGAAAACAUUCAAUCACAAUGAAGAUCUCAAGCGUCUAGUUAAAGAGUGCCCUUUGCCCACACUGUUCAGUUAUAGGCCCAAAUGCGAAGGUGGUCAGUACGACGGGGAUGAACAAAAUCGACUCGAUGCACUUCGAUUAGCAAUGGAUCUCGGAGCUGAUUACGUUGAUGUUGAGCUUCAGGUUGCUCGUGAAUUUAUUAGCUCUAUAGAAGGAAAGAAGCCUGAAAAGUUAAAAGUUAUUGUUUCUUCUUACAACUUUGAAGAGACCCCAUCUGUGGAGUCUAUUGGCAAUCUUGUAGCAGCAAUGCAAGCCACUGGAGCUGACAUAGUGAAGAUUGCAACCACUUGCUUGGAUAUAACUGAUGUGGCACGCACUUUUCAAAUUGCCGUUCAUUCUCAAGUACCGUCAGGAUGUGAAGAAUUGGCCCAUGUUCCAUUGAUAGGACUUGGACUGGGUGAAAGGGGUUUGAUUUCACGGAUACUUUCUGCAAAAUUUGGCGGUUAUCUUACUUAUGGAGUGCUUGAGCCAGGGACAGUUUCAGCUCCUAGUCAACCCACAAUCAAGGAUCUAAUACAUCUAUACAACUUCAGACAGAUUGGGCCGCACACAAAAGUGUUUGGCGUAAUUAGCAAGCCUGUCAGCCACAGCAAAUCACCAAAAUUGUACAAUGAAGUGUUCAAGUCAGUAGGUUUCGAUGGAGUUUAUGCACAUUUGUUGGUAGAUGACAUUCAGAAAUUUUUCCAGACAUACUCAUCCAUGGAUUUUGCUGGAUUCAGCGUAGGCAUCCCUCACAAGGAAGCUGCACUUAAAUGCUGUGAUGAGGUUGAUCCAGUUGCCAAGUCAAUAGGGGCUAUAAAUUGCAUUAUAAGGAGACCGGCUGACGGAAAGUUAUUCGGAUUCAAUACCGACUAUGUUGGUGCUAUUUCUGCCAUUGAGGAAGGACUGAAAGGUUCACAUAAUAAUAGUGGCAAGAACACAACAAGUGGUUCAGCUUUAGCUGGUAGACUGUUUGUUGUGAUUGGAGCAGGUGGUGCUAGCAAGGCACUUGCUUAUGGUGCAAAGCAGAGGGGAGCAAGGCUUGUAAUCGCCAAUCGCACCUAUGAUCGAGCUAGAGAACUUGCAGACAUAGUCGGUGGAGAUGCUUUGUCUCUUGAUGAUCUACCUAACAUUCCCCCAGAGGAUGGUAUGAUUCUUGCAAACACAACAUCUAUUGGAAUGCAGCCUAAAGUUGAUGACACGCCCAUUUCCAAGCAUGCUCUGAGAUCAUAUUCAUUGGUUUUUGAUGCCAUUUACACCCCCAGAGUGACCAGACUCUUGAGGGAAGCAGCAGAGUGUGGUGUCACAGUUGUUAGCGGGUUGGAGAUGUUCAUUGGACAGGCAUAUGAACAAUUUGAAAAGUUCACUGGAUUGCCAGCUCCAAAGGAACUGUUUAGAAAAGUAAUGGAAAAUCAUUCUUGA